AGUUAAGCGUCAGACGCCAGCUGAAUCGCGUCUAUCCGUAAUAAAAAAAUAUAAAAAAGCGCUUAAGCGCUUCGAGCAAUGUAUUCGAGGCCCAGUUUGAUUGCCGUCCUAAUAAUCUCAUAUAUAUCAACCAGCCUAGCAGCCAAUGACGAAGAUACGUCAAAAUGGAUUCAACAAACCUUUAACAAAACAAAGGAGGAAGAAGAUGAAGUCCUUGACUUGUCACCAACGGGAGACAAGUUAAAUGAUCUAGACUGUUUGACGGACAGCGGUGACGUAGGUACCUGUGUGGUAUAUUAUCUAUGUGAUCCGGACACCCACACGAUCAUCUCAGAUGGGACAACGAUCAUUGAUAUGAGGCAGAGGCAAUGCCUCUCAUACCUGGACGUUUGUUGUGGACACAAGAGUGUUCUAUCGGAAAACAUGUUGGUUACAACACCAAAUCAACCGACUCUGAACGCUCACGAUAUUAUCAAUUUUAAAGAAGAAAUUAAAACAACAACAGCAGCUUCUAUGGAUAACAAAAUGGAGGACACCUCACCUCUUAAAAAGGAUUUGUCCAUUCAGUGUGGCUGGGACGAGCCGAGUCUGUUCGUAUUUCCGAAGAAUGAUGCAGCAAUUUAUGCGAACUAUGGCGAAUUUCCGUGGGCUGUCGCUCUUAUAAAGAAAAGGCACACCACAGCAUGGUCACCGAACGACUACCUCGGUGGCGGCACCAUGAUACAUCCGUCGGUGGUGCUGACAGUAGCACACAAGGUCGAUAAAAUGACUGCUAAUAAGAUAAAAAUCCGCGCUGGAGAAUGGGACACACAGAUAGUCUUAGAGAAAUAUCAAUAUCAAGAACGAAAUGUCAAGAAGAUCUUAAUACAUCCCCACUUUUUUAAAACCUCAUUGUACUUCGAUGUCGCAAUGCUCACCAUGGAGAGUCCAUUUGACCUUGCGGCUGCACCUCACAUAAAACCAGUUUGCCUCGGAACGAGUCUCCCAUCCCCUGGGACGGAUUGUUUCAGUAUGGGCUGGGGUCCGGAUUUCAACAAAGAGGACAAAUAUGCGACCAUCUUGAAGAAGAUUCAAGUACCACUGGUCGGUUCAGAAGAUUGCACGGAGAAACUCCAGCAGGCUAGGCUUGGGAUGCAUUUUAGAAUCCACUCGUCCCUAACUUGUGCUGGGGGUGUUAAAGGUAUCGAUACUUGUCAAGGCGACGGCGGCUCCGCACUAGUUUGCCCCAUCGAAAAGAAAGGUAAUACUACUACACGGUAUGCUGCAUACGGCUUGGUGGCGUAUGGAAUUGACUGUGGUGUUGCUGACCGUCCAGGUGUCUACGCGAACAUUCCAGCAGCACUCGACUGGAUAAACCAAGAAAUGACGAAACUUGAUUUUACUACUGCAACAUACACCGCUUGAACAGUGUACAUAUUUUGUAACGUAGACUAAAUAAAUGUCUUUAAUUUUU